UCCCUCCGUUCGGAAUUACUUGUCUCGAAAAUAGAUGUAUCUAGAAGAAGGAGUAUUUAUUUAUGUGUGUUGUCUAUCAAGCCAGCCAACUCUCGUCUAGCUUUAGCUAGGCUAUGCAAGGACAUAUUUAAAUGUGCGCCACCAAACGCCAACCUUCCUAGCGUUUCCUCCAUGCCACAUCAGCGUCAUCUAGUAAAGAGUGGGUCAGGGCCAAACGCCAUUGACCUUGGCGUUUCCAAUGCAAUCAAAACGCCGGGGAUGCUGUCGUGACCUAAAAAGGUGAGAUUCAAAAAUAUUUUCUGAACAAGGUUAAAUCGUGCUAAUCUUCACGUAUAAGGUCAAAACAGAGAUUUCAUCCGCAUGAGACCGGAUUUUGUACUUCCGGGUGUAUGCACACACCUUAUCCUGGCCGCUGGUAGACUGGUGUCCAGCCUCGAGAUUCGAUUUAAUAACUGGCGCCGAAGUGUGUUACAGACAAGUUGCAGAGUGACAACGGCGGCAAAAGUCAAGAAAUUUGGAACCCGCAAGCCUCCCUAGGCCACUGUUCACGCCUGUCACAUCCAGCUGAUUGACAUCUCGAGAGGAACCCGCUACCCACUUGUCAGCCCGUGACUCUAAAACAUUUGAUAAAACUGCAUCGAAGGAGCUUAACAACACAAUUUAGCUUCUGGUAAGAAACUUCUUACAGCAUAUGUCAUGACAGAUGCUUACUAACGUUUCCAUAUACUACUGGUCAUGGGACACCGUGAUUAAAGUCUUGGUACAAAACACAUACGCCUGAUACAGCCGUCACGACCUUGUGAUCCAGCGUAGUUGAAACAUAUUUUUUGAAAAAGCUACACUGUCUGUUCCAAAAAAUAAAGUGAAAUAAGCUACAUUGUGCUAUAGAUGACAGAUGUUAUUCAAUGGAAUGGACAGAACGUGAUGGAUAAAUGAUACGUAUGGACAAACAUGGGCCCGGCGCUUUGACUUGAUACAUCACGAAGUGAGACAUCAGCUACAUUGGUCAGCGUUGACACCUGACAGCACCGCCCUCUGCGGGCUACUGCCUGGCACUGCCUGACGGAGUAGCAAGGAGUAAAAUGUACUAAUGGACCGGGACAACAGCCACCCACUGCAAAUGACCUGCACUGUGACAGUUUGUGGCACGAAUCUCAGAGAAUACCGACGGACGGGAUAAGCUGCGUGGGUGCACUCGAGCGUAGCCGCACCUUUCCGCUCCGCAUGGUGGCCUCCACGUCCGCGUGCUCGCUGCCUCGCUCCACGUAGAGGAUAAUUCACGGCUGAGAGCCGCUCGCGACGUGGGCAACGUCGCGGCCACCGCGCUCAGCUCGUCAUGGGUUGGCUUGCGUGGAGCACGGCCUAUAAAUUGUGCCCACUCACUCGGAACAAUACAUCAGUAAACAGGAUUUCCAGUAAAACACUCGGCGACACAACAACCAGCAGCACUGUACUAGUAAUCAUCUUUGCCUGUUGCAGCAACUGUACCUUCCUUCUAUCCUUUCGUGCACCUUCCGGCUGAUUAAUGGCGACCAUGAUGGCCAUGAGCUCCUUCGCCGGUGCUGCCGUCCUGCCGCGCGGCUCGGCUGGCCGCUUCGGCGCCAGGUCUCUGCCAGCACUAGGCCGACGCGCCCUCGUCAUCAGGGCACAGACCGAGGGCCCGAGCGCACCACCGCCAAACAAACCCAAGGCGACCACCUCGAUCUGGGACGCGCUAGCGUUCAGCGGCCCAGCGCCGGAGCGCAUCAACGGACGGCUAGCCAUGGUGGGCUUCGUGACGGCGCUUGCAGUGGAGGCAGGGCGAGGCGACGGGAUCCUCUCUCAGCUCGGCAGCGGCACCGGGCAGGCGUGGUUUGCCUACUCUGUGGCGGUGCUAUCCGUAGCUUCUCUGGUGCCGCUGCUCCAAGGAGAGAGUGCCGAGGGCAGAGCCGGUACCAUCAUGAACGCCAACGCGGAGCUCUGGAACGGCCGCUUCGCCAUGCUCGGACUCGUCGCUCUGGCGGUCAUCGAGAUCAUCACGGGCGCACCCUUCAUCAACGUGUAAAACUAGCUUUGUUGUCGACCGGAUAACACAACCUGUACUGAGUAGGACAUGUAAAUGAUGAGAACUGAUCAUUGUUGGCUUUUGAA